GCAUUAAAUAAUUUAUACGUGUAUACCCCCCUUGGAUAAUGUUGUGAACAGUACUACAGGUACCUAGGUAUCCGAGGUACGUCCACGGAGGUACAUGUGGCUUGUCCUGAGCCUAUCGAUACCGCUUUUUAAAUGGGCCAUGGAGGAGUUGCCUGGCCAAUGGAGGAAAUGUUGACUCUUGACAUCAUCCCCAACCUCCCCCAGCCACAAAUUUCCACAGCCCACGCCCCGGCCAUAGAAACCACCAGACAACCAGCGGGUACGUGAGACAGUGACUUUUCUCUUUCUUUCCACCUCAACCAAAUGAAACCCAAUUCACAUCCACACGCACCGCCCGGAAAUUCCUGAGGUGCAGUGUAAGAAAAGCAACCCGACAGACAGCUCGUCUCGAGCCUCUUCAAGGAACGUGGGACUCCUGAGAGGACUGACUCGAAUUCCUUCCGCAAUCAACCUGGCUGGGGUUUUCCAGCAAAACACCAGCCGAGCCUACCCAUCUCUGAUCAACACACGCAAGCCCAGCUCCAUUCCAACCGAAACCUUGCACGCCCGCCAUCAAGAUGGCUCCUCUACUCUCCAGCCUAGCCGCGCGCGCUCGCAGCCUUUUCGACUCGGCUCCAACCGCGGCUAGCGACGUCGCCGCCCGCUCGCCACCCGACGUCUCCGCCGAAGCCCUCUCGCAGCUCGGGCCGCUCGCCGCGCACUCCGUCCUGCUGGCCCGGCAGCAGGUCGAGGACGGCGCGGAGCAGAUCGACCCGCACAAGGGCGUGGUGUCGCCGCAGGACAUCAACAACACGUUCGUGUUCGUGCUGUUCGGCAUCAUCGGCGCGGCCUUCGUGUGCGCCGGCAUCUGGUUCUUCUUCUGGGCGCGGAACGGCGGCUUCCACUUCCGCGAGAACGACUGGGACGACUACAAGUCGACGGUGCUGCGGCGCAAGGGCCCGAACGGCACCCUCCUGUCCAACGCCACGCCCACCACCGACCUCGGCGGCGGCAGCGUCUACAAGGACGUGCCCGACAACGCCACCGAGUACACCGGCGGCCUCACCCAGAUGACGGGCGACACCGGCAGCACCCUGACCGGCAUCACCGCCGGCGCCUCCGACCUGGCCGCCCGCGAGCGCCGCAAGCAGAAGCGCGAGCGCAAGGAGCGCGAGCGCGAGAAGAAGCGCGACCGCCGCCGCAGCGAGAAGGCCGCCGCCGGCCGCCGCGUCGGCGAGGACGGCGUGCUCGUCGACGAGGACGCAGAGGCCGAGGCCAAGGACCACCUGCGCGCCUACCGCAGCGAGAAGCCGGCGCGCGUCGGCGGGCUCAACAAGGAGAGCGAGGGCAGCACCUGGGACGGGUCGACGAACCCGGACCGGUCCACGGUCGCGAGCGAGCUGCUGAGCCACCGCGAGGGCACGCCGACCCGCGCCGAGGCCUACUCGGACGCGGCCGCCGGCCCCGCGCAUCACGACGGCGGCGGCGACAACGACAACGACAACGACGAGACCGCCGCCCGCCGCCGCAGCACCGGCCACCGCCACGCCCACCGCUCCGCCAGCAAGGCCGAGGCCGACCGCAAGAGCCGCGCCGCCGGCGGCAUCCGCAAGGUGUACAGCACGGCGGACCGCACGGCGGAGCGGGAGAGCGAGCGGCUGCGCGCCGAGGAGCGGCGCCUGCAGCGCGAGGAGGCGCGGUCCGGCGCCGGCGGCGUGCGGCGGGGCUUCAGCUUCCAGCGGGCGCCGGCCACCACCACCGCCCACAACGCGAGCGUGGUGUCGUCGUCGGUGCGCGCCAGCACCAUCGAGGAGGAGGAGCCGGCCGCCGUCGCCGGCAACGACGACCGCGGCCGGUACCUCCCGGCGCCCGGCGGCUGGGUCGGCAGCGAGGCCGGCGCCGGCGCCCCCGCCGACAGCGACCUGGGCACCAAGUCGUACCACCACGUGAUCCCGGGCCUGUCCUCGGUGGCGUCAUCGUCCUCGGCGCCCGCGCCCGCGCACCCGCCCCCCGCCCGCGCCCCGAGCCACGCCGGCACCGCGAGCGACUACGCCGACGAGAAGCGCAAGAAGCGCGGCGCCGGCAAGCACCGCCGGGAGUAGGCACCGCGCCUAGAAGGAGCGUGUUCCCCG